GCAGAGCAGGAGGAAGACAUUCACACCUGAGAACACUCAACUCCUCUCACCAGCCCAACCCAGCCCAGCCCAGACACCACCAUGACCGGCUCCUGCUGUGGCUCCUCCUUCUCCUCCCGGAGCCUUGGGGGAGGCUGCUGCCAGCCCUGCUUCAGCCGCGACCCCUGCUGCGGCCGCCCGGUGUCCUGCCGGACCACCGUGUGCCGCCCCGUGACCUGCGUGCCCCGUUACACGCGCACCAUCUGCGAGCCCAGCCGCCGCCCCCUCUGCUGUGACCCGUGCUCCCUGCAGGAGGGCUGCUGCCGCCCCAUCACCUGCUGCCCCACGUCCUGCACGGCCGUGGUCUGCCGGCCCCGCUGCUGGGCCUCCACCUGCUGCCGGCCCAUCUCUGUGCAGUCCCCCUGCUACCGCCCCUCCUGCUGCCAGCCGGCCCCCUGCCGCACCAUCUGCAGGACCUCCUGCUGCUGAGCAGCAGGAAACAUUCGCAGGGGUUCGGAAACAUGUGCAAACUCUUCCCACCCUUGAUGGAUCAGAUGAGAGAUAUUACCUUUAAGCCUACCUGCUCUUCAAUAACUAACUCAACAGUAAUUGUCUAUCCGAUACCUACAUAGUUACGCAGCUAAUCCUGGCCCUCUGACAAUCUUUAGAAAAAUUCCAGCUUUCAUCAUUUGAAUUCCUGGCUUGA